CACCCCAUAAUAUCCCUUCAACUCUCUCUUUCAUUCUCUCUCUCUUAGUUUUCUUCUUCCAACUCCUCAGAGCUCUCACCGAUCCGCAACUCUAUGCCGACUCCGAUAGAUCUCCCCUAAACGACGUCGUUUUCUAGACGACUACUGAAAACGCGCGCGCCGGAGCUUCUUCUUCGAAUUGAGGGAAGUCGAAAUGGCGAGCCGAAAGGAGGAUGAGAAGAAUGAACGGAUUAUUCGUGGCCUUCUUAAACUUCCUGAGAAUCGGAGGUGCAUUAACUGCAAUAGUCUGGGGCCGCAGUAUGUUUGCACAAAUUUCUGGACGUUUGUUUGCACCAACUGCAGUGGAAUACAUCGGGAGUUCACGCACCGAGUAAAAUCAGUGUCGAUGGCUAAGUUUACGUCGCAAGAAGUUAAAUCCCUUCAAGAAGGGGGAAACCAGCGUGCAAAGGAAAUUUAUCAAAAAGAGUUAGAUCCGCAACGUAAUUCCUUCCCUGAUAGCAGUAAUGUUGAGAGACUCCGAGACUUUAUUAAGCAUGUGUACGUGGAUAGAAGGUAUACUGGUGAAAGAAACAUUGACAAGCCACCGAGGCUAAAAACGGGGGACAAGGAGGACUCUUAUGAAAAUAGAAGGCUAGAUUCAUAUCAGGGUUCUCGAAGCCCACCAUAUGAUGAUGACCGUCGUAGUGAAAGGUCCAGUCCUGGUGGUAGAAGUUAUGAGGACCAAAGGAGUCCUGGAUAUGAUCAAGAAAGUCGACAAUAUGGUGAUUCUAAGAGAAGUCCUUCUCGCCCUGAAAUUGUGAAUGAUUGGCGUCGAGAAGAUAGAUUUGGAAAUGGUAGGCGAUAUGAUGAUCGUAGAGGAUCCGAUGGAGAUUCUAAACUUUAUGCGAAAUCUCCUGAUCGAUCAAGAGAUAUAGAUUCGUCCAGUCCGCCUAUGGUACGACCUGUUAGAGAUAUUUUGGGUGAUAAGACAAUACCUCUCCGUAUUAUUGAACCUCCUAAAGCCAACAGUGUUAGGGCUACUGAAGGUCCCGUGGUUACGCAGAGAACUGCAUCUUCCAGUAGCUUGGGUUCCACCAACGGGAACCCAGUUGAAGUGAAACCGGAGACUUCUGUAAGUUUAAUUGAUUUUGAUGCUGAUAUUGAACCUGCUCCAGCUCCAGCAGUUCCUCAAACACAACAAGCUUCUGUAGCUCAAUCAUAUUCACAGCCAGAAAAUUCACAGAGUGACAACAACUGGGCUUCUUUUGAUGUUGCCCCACAAGUGAAAGCAACUCAAGCUCCUCCAAGUGCAAAUUCUUUGGAAUCUCUGCUAUCACAGUUGUCUGUUUCGGCACCUGUCCCUAGUUAUUCUGGAACUUCAGGACACACAAUGUUGCCAACUGCUACUACAGUUGCACCAGUUACGAGCUUGUCAACAUUUCCCCCUGUCGGUGCUCCAGUUGCGACCCCUGGAUUGGCUCAAGUAUUCCCAACCAAUACUAGUAAUGUCUCUGCUACCGGUUCUGGGCAAUGGCCUAGUAUGCAGCAUCAGCAACCUUCUUUAUUCCCUUCUAAUGGCAUUCAGUCUGCCUCUCAGCAAUACAUUCCAUCAGCUGGUGGAGCUUCAAGCAAUCAACCAUGGAAUUCAGCUCAGGGUCAACCUAGUUAUCCAGCUGCACAAGCGCCACAAGAUGUUUCAAGAUCUAACCACAAUGUUAGUAAUGUUGCAUCACAACAUUCAGCUGGGGAUGUAAAAUCAAUUGGAAGAAGUGCACUUCCUGAGGAUCUUUUUGCUAUGAACUAUUCAUCCUACCCUGCACCAGUUCCCGGAUGGCAGACUGGUCCUCCUCAUGGUAUGGGGUUUGCAAUGCCGUACAAUACUGCAAUGCCCAUUCCCAGUUUUCAGCAGUCUCUAAAGUCAGCAAACCCGUUUGAUGUCAGUAGUGAUCCUCCUCCAGUUCAAGCCUCAACGUUUCAUUCCAUGGCACCCUCACAAGGACCGCUACCAAAUGUGCAGCCUCCAUCUGACUUAUUGCGUACAUCUAGCCUGGGGGCACUCCCAUCAGCUUGGGGGCCCUCAUAUUCAUCUGGAUUGCCUCUCCAAGCACCGCCAUAUGCAUCACAAAUGCCUCCAAGUGCCUAUGCAGGACAACAAAUUCCGAGUAGCUUGCCACCUCCAGGGUAUCAAGGAGCAGGAGGCUUUAGUGCUGAGGGAGCUGCCUUUGGUUCGUUAAAUAUGGUACACCAGCCGGUUGGUAGAUACUCAGCACCUGCUACCCCAAAUCCUUUCCCGUCUGCCGGAGGAAACCCAUUUGGAUAGAUGUGAAGAACAAAGUGUGCCUUAUCCCACUCAGGGUAAGCAUUAUUUUGCCCCUCUCAAAUUGCCGGGUGGAAAGUUUUGGCUGUUACGUUGCUAGCUUUUAAGUUAUCUGAUGCCGCCUAGUGAGAGAAUUUUUUAUUUUUUAUUGGAUCAUCCCCCUGGGUUGGGUCAAAGGUCGACAUCAAUUGUCAUGUACAAUUUGUUGCUGUAAGAAAAGGAAAUAGUAUAUAUUAGAAAAGGGGGAUAAAGCCAUAAAGGGGGUACAGACUAAAAGGGAACCUAGGUAUCAAUUUGCCGGCCAAGGUAUUCAUUGGUAGUUUGCGGCAUUCUUUAGGUGAUCCCUGGGUUCAAUUGCUUCCUGGGCUUCCCAUAGUUUUUCCCCCUCGUGAUUCUUCGUUGCUACGUUGUAUGAUUUUGCGAUCUCUUCGUUGUGUUGUGAGCUCAUUGAAUCUGUGUAAGC